UUUUAUAAAUGACAUGUGGCGACCAUCGGCCACUGUGCAAAUACUCCUGGGCAUCUCGUUCGGCGUACUACUGGGCCUAGGACUCAAGCGCUGGACCACCCAGCCAUGGAACGAACGUCAACUGAUGUACCUGUACUUUCCGGGCGAAUUGUUUCUACGGGUCGUCAAUUGUCUGAUUCUGCCGUUGGUCGUUUCGAGUAUAAUUAGCGCAAGUGCCGGUCUCGGUAAAUCAGGGAGUAUCGGUAGGAUGGCUUUGUUUUAUUACAUUACAACGACGACGCUGGGGAUUACACUGUGUGUCUUUUUGUCCGAGACCAUUAGACCCGGAGAGUGGGGUGCGACUGUGGCCAAUGACUCGAAUGUGACGAAUCACCAGCCGGAAAGUCAAGUGAAAUUCGUAACAGUGGACACACUGUUGGACCUGAUGCGAAAUUUGUUUCCAGAAAAUUUGAUCCAAGCUUGUCUGUCGCAGUACCAAACGGUAUUACUCGAACCAGAUCAAAGUAACGCACCAGCCACGGAACCAGAAGUCUCGCUCUACGAGAUGGGAAUAUCGCAUCGCUACACUCCGGGCACGAACGUCCUAGGCUUGGUGUUUUUCGGCUUGGUAUUUGGCCUGACGCUCGGCACCAUGCCCGACAAUAAUAAGCAACCUCUGCACGACUUUUUUCAAAGUUUGGCUGCUGCCGUCGCUGAAAUGAUCGAUUACGCGAUUAGAGCAGCGCCGAUCGCCGUGGUAUUCUUGAUCGCGAGCAAGAUCCUGCGUAGCAGCCGUGAUCAUCAUCAUCACGAGCAACAAUACGAGGAGGCAGCCCUCGAAGCUCAGCGACUGGGCGUGUUUGUAUCAACGGUGUUCGCAGGCUUGGCGAUUCAAGCUUUGGUCGCGCUACCUCUCGCCUACCUAGCGAUCGCCUACCGAUCGCCUUACCGAUUACUCGCGAAAAUCGGCCCGGCUCUCGCCACUGCCUUCGGCACUUCGUCCAGCACGGCAACGGUGCCGACAACGAUUCGCUGUUUGGACCAGGUGGGCGUCGAUCCGCAAGUCUCGAGAUUCGUGGCGCCGAUCGGAGCUACCAUCAACAUGGACGGAAUAGCGCUCUACGAGACCCUGGGCGCGUUGUUCAUCAUGCAAAUGCGGAGAGUCGAAUUGUCUAUCGUCCAGACCGUGGCCAUCAGUAUUACUUGUACAUUGUCGUGUAUCGGAGCGGCUGGAAUGCCGAGCGGUGGCUACGCCAUGCUAAUUAUGGUGCUGAAUUCUCUGGGCAUCCCCGCUGAGGACGUCGCUCUGAUCAUUGCCGUCGACAGUUUCGUGGACCGCUUCCGAACAAUGGUAAAUAUUGUCGCCGACUGCUUGGGAGCCGGAAUCAUAAGUGAAGUAUUAAAGAGAAGGAAAUUGAGACCUAGUCGAGGCACAAAGGAUUACGACUCUGUUUUGGGAUGAAUCCUUUCGUUUUGUUUAUAUUGAAAACAGGUCACAUCAUGUUAUGUUGAACAAUUAUUGCAAUAAAUAUUGAGAGAAGAGAAAACCAUUUUUUUUUUCAGUACAAAAA